AUGAAGUUUUCAAAUACUGCUUCGACCGCGGCACUGGCUGGCCUUGCGCUCCUGGUGUCUGCGGUGUAUGGAGUCAUUUUUGAUUGUGGGAGCAUUACAGAGUUCGACUACGAUACGAUUAUGCAUUACGUAUCACUUGCUACCAGCGAUGGAAUGAGAGUCAGAGACCCUCCUUAUUUCAAUGGAAAGGUCUAUGGCUCAUAUUAUUUUACUAAAAACAUAAAUAAUGAAGAGAGAAGUUUCUUAGUCCAAUCUGUUGAAGCACAUCCAUUCUACCGAUUUUUCGAUUUGACAGUAACUCCCACGGAAUGUGAACUCAAAGAUAAGAAUGCGCAGCAAUCAUAA